AUACCUGAAGGCGGUUAUGGGAACACGGAGCCCAAAACGGAGACGCAAGCACCGCUAAGGGACCUGGGAGAGGCGGGGCUUUCCGCCUCACAGAGAGCCCCGCCCCCGAUUACAUCACUUCCGUAAAUAAAGGGCGCUUGCCCCGAGUUUGUGACCCAGGCUGACGACCUGGGCUCUUGCUGCAGCCCUGGCAGAGGCUUUGAAAGCUCUCUGACCUUUUCCAGCCGAGGAAGGGUAACCAUAGCCCUCUCAUCCGCCGGUCUUAUGAAGCUGGUGUUGAUGCAACACAGAAUUUAAGACAAUGGAAGAGCGUAAAGCAAAGAGGAAGAGUCCCAAGUCUUUCAGUGCCCACUCUACUCAGGUUGCUAAUGCCAAAAAAAAUGCCAUCCCAGCUAGUAAAAGCACAGGGUUUUCAAAUCCCGCAUCGCAGUCAACUUCCCAGAGGCCAAAGUUAAAAAGGGUGAUGAAAGAAAAGAACAAACCUCCGGGAGGAGAAGGGAAGGGCGCUCAGGCCACGCCCAUCCAGCACUCCUUCCUCACCGACGUCUCUGAUGUGCAGGAGAUGGAGCGCGGGCUCCUCAGCCUGCUGAACGACUUCCACUCUGGAAAGCUGCAGGCAUUCGGAAAUGAAUGUUCCAUAGAACAGAUGGAACAUGUCCGGGGCAUGCAGGAGAAAUUAGCUCGCUUGAAUUUAGAGCUCUACGGGGAGUUAGAGGAACUUCCUGAGGAGAAGCGGAAAGCAGCCAGUGACGCGAACCUGGACCGGCUUCUGUCUGACGGGGCUGAAAAGCUGACUCAGCGUCUAAAAGUCCUUGCUGCUCUUGCAGAAGACCCAGAUUCUGUUCUCAGCGCCCACAUGGUGGCCCUCGACCCUCUAACUUCCGUUCCGGGGAUCUGAAGCCCUCUCCUGGCCUCUGGGGGCACCAGGCACACAUGUGCUGUACAUGCUUACAUUUGGGCAACACACACAUACCCAUAAAAUAAAGAUAACUAUCUAAAACCUUCUUCAGGGAGCUAGGGAGAUGGCUCAGUUGGUAAAGUCCUGCUACCCCAGCCUGAGGGCCUGCGUUCAAGUCCUCCUUGGCCCGUGUGUGUAAAGUGCCCAAGAUCUCAGCACUAGAGACGCAGAGACAAGAAGAUCUCUGAGGAUCGCAGGCCGCCCUUUCUUGCUGAAUUUGUGAGGUUCAGGUUUGGCGAGAGAUCCCGUCUCAAAGAAAUGAGGUAGCGAGCGAUUGAGGAGCCCGCCAACCGUGGCCUCUGGCUCCCUAUGUGCAGGUUCACAGCAACGUGCGCGUACGCAGACAUUUUUAUAGAACAAAGGAGAAUAAAUAAAAACGGACCCCAGCGCAUUGUAGCUUCAUGUUCAUCAGAGGCAGGAGAGCUUGUUUUUGCAAUGUUUUCUUUUUGUCUUUCACUUUUUUUUUCUUAAAUAUGAAGCAACUGUCUGCCCACACUUUAAACACUUUACACCUAGAAGAUUAACAAUGUAUUCCUGUAAUCCCAGCAUUUGGGAAGUGGAUGCAGGAAGACCAGGAGUUCAAGGCCAGCCUGGGCUAUAUGAGACCUCUCUCAAACCAACAGCCCUUCAAGCCUGUGCUUUGAAGUGUCAACUCUGCCGUAUGUUACUUGGUCUCUCAAGUAUUCAGUUUAUGUCUUAUGCUUAUUUUCUUAACUCUAAGUUUAAUUUGUGUGCCUUUAACGCAUUUGUGACUCUAACUAAACUGUAACCCGGGAGGCAGAGUGCAAGGCUGACAGCAGUGCAGUUGGUGACGGUGAGUGGUCUGGUUAACGUGCCCACCUGCCGUCCUUUCUCUUUUAAACUUUGAGGUGCUGGAGACUGAGCCAUGGAUGCUGGACAAGCACCCCGCCACUAAACCACACCCCCUGCAAGCAUUUCUUUACUUAUAUUUCGCCUUCUAAAAUUAAAGGUGGUGCGGUCUGGAUGUCAGGAUCCUUCUAGAACUCGUGCUUUUAAGUCCUCACUCUGAGGGUGGUGGCAACAGGAGAUGGGUCUGGGGAAGGAAAUUAGGAAAUUAGGAGUGGGAUUACUGUCCUAGGAGAAGAGGCUGGAAAGAGACAGCCCUCAGUUUGCACUCUGAGGACACAGUGCAGGGCGCUGUGCUGGGAGCCGGACGCCGGUUCCUUCAGCAUCUCAGUCUUCCACAGCUGGGCUCUAGAGCUGGGAGAAAUGAGCUUCUUUCUUCUACAAACCACUAACUUAAUGAUAUUUUGUUAUAAGAACCCAAGCCGACUAAGACAAGGGGUGAACAAUCUUACUUUAUAGUGCUAAUUGAAUGUCUUGUGAAAUAUUUUUGUAAAUAAUAAAAGUUUUAACGAUUA